AUGGAACUAGCGCAAAAUAAGACCUCAUUGAGCAAAGCACAAUCACCAAUGCCAUCAGAACCGUCAACUCACACAAGCGAAAGAGAAAAUUCUGAAAUCGAUGACGAAAUAGCCAUUAAACAACAUAAACAAGAGAAAUACACUGAAGCAGAUGCAGGUGAUGGAACAAAAGCUCAUGAACAGUAUCUUACCGGUGUACCGUUGUUUCUCACUAUUUUAUCAUGCAUUGUCACAUUAUUCAUUGCUGCAUUAGAUCAAACCAUUGUGUCAACUAUAUUGACCACAGUAGGCAACCAUUUCAACUCAUUUGAGAAAGUUGGAUGGUUAACUUCUGGUUUCAUGCUACCGAUGGCCUGUUUGAUUCCAUCUUAUGGUAAAAUUUCAAUCGCAUUUGGUCGAAAAGCCACACUUAUAGCAGGGAUUGUAAUCUUCGAAAUAGGAUCAUUAAUUUCAGCCCUUGCAAAUUCAAUGAGCUUGUUAAUUGGUGGUCGUGUAAUUCAAGGUAUAGGUGGUGGUGCUAUUCAAAGCAUGGUGAUGGUUAUAUUGACGGAGAGUGUACCAAUAUCGAGACGAUCGUUAGUGUUUGCAUCAGUAUCAGUGGUGUGGUCUACUUCAAGUGUCCUUGGUCCUAUAAUUGGCGGUGCCUUGGAAAAGAUCACUUGGAGAUGGUGUUUUUACAUAAAUUUGCCGAUUGGAGGUGUUAGUUUACUUGUACUUAUAUUUGGUUUCAAUCCACCAAAACCGAAAGGGAAUAUUCGUGAGAAGUUGUCAACCAUUGAUUACGUUGGUACAUUUUUUAUGACACUGGGACUAGUUUUGGUUCUUUUGGGAUUGACGUUUGGUGGAGUUGACUAUCCUUGGAAAUCAGCGGCUGUUAUAUGUUUAUUCACCGUAGGUGGGGUGUUGCUCACUGUGUUUGCAGUGUGGAACUUCCGUUAUUCACCGAAUCCAAUAAUAUUGGCGGAUUUUGUUAAGUCAUUCACUACAAUGACUGCUUUGAUUAGUGCCAUGUUCAAUUUUGGAUUUUUCAUAUCCAACUUGACUUAUUUAGCUGUCUAUUUCCAGGUAGUGUUCAAUGCAAGCUCCUUACAAUCAGGAAUAGACUUGCUACCUCUAGUCGUUUCUGUUACUAUUGCAUCAUUGGCCAAUUCCAUGUUUAUCAACUUGACGAAGAAUGUCAAGAUUACCAUGAUUGUAUCUGGAGUGUUGAGUCCCCUAGGAUCUGGACUUUUAUUAUUAUUGGACAAAAACUCAAGCGUCGGAAAAAGGAUUGGUAUUUUGUUAGUUUCUGGUAUAGCAAUUGGCUUGCAGUUUCAGAGCUCCACCUUGAGUGCACAAUUAGUAGCUCCAAAAGACGUUCCGGGAGCACUUAUUUUGGUGACUGUCUUGCUUAAUUUUGCUAGAGAAUUGGCGUCAACUGUUUCGGUCACAAUCGCACAAUUGUUGUUUCAAGUCACCGGAACUAGAUAUCUCGAAGAUUUGCAACGUGAUAUAAGUAAGAACGUCGAUGGUUAUACAGAGUUUAUCAACAUGCAAGCAAAAUCAUUGAUUUCAAAUCCAAGAUUGAUCAGAAAGUUGCCUACCGAGGUACGAGAAAUGGUUUUGGAUCAAUUUGUUAAAGCGUUGAAAAAUGUAUUCUAUUUUGGAUUGGCUUUAGCUGCUGUGUGUUUUAUUGCAUCAUUAUUUACAACUGGAAAGAAAAUUCCCAAAACAAAAGAUAUCAAAACUGCCGAUAGUGAGGAUGAUCAAGAAGAGCAUAUGGAAGAGAUAAAAGCUCCCAAUGGCACAGAUCAAUUACAGAAUCAGGAGACGACCGUGGAUACUCUGGGCUCACACUUGGAGCGUCGGCUAACAAAAGAAGAUGGGGAAAAUCAACGAUAA